AAUGCCUCAUUGCCUCACCUUACCUCAAGCAGGGAGGAGCUGAAAGCUGAUCCCACUGCAAACAAAGAGCGGCUGAGUAUUUCAACCACAGCACUUCCUGUUGCAGCUGUGAAGCUGAUCGGGACUCUCAGCAUGGCAGCCCAAGCAGCUAUCAACAUGGCUUCCGUGUCAUUUGAAGUACAGCUCAGGUGCAGCAUCUGUCUGGACACCUACAUCGACCCCGUCUCCAUCCCAUGUGGACACAACUUCUGCCUGGACUGCAUCGAAGGCUUCUGGGACACAAAGGACACAUCAGACUGUCCGCUGUGCAAAGAGACCUUCAGUAAACGUCCAGAGCUCAGGAUCAAUCGAGGAUUUGCCGAGAUCAUUGAAUUCUUGAACAGGUCAGUCACACAAAAUCAAGAGGAGGAUGUUGAUGCCGGGAGCGAGACACAUUCCCCGUACCAACUUGCUGAGACUGAAGAAGUUCCCUGCGAUAUCUGCCACGAAAACAAAUCAAAAUCCGUCAAGUCUUGCCUGGUGUGCCAGUCAUCUUACUGUGAACUUCACCUGACACCACAUGUGAGGGAUCCAGUGCUGCAGAGACACCGGCUGACAGAUCCAGCAACCUUCCCCAGCAGUCAGCUCUGCAGAAACCACAACAAGCCGCUGACGAUGUUCUGCAAGAGAGACCAGAUGCCGGUUUGUCUGAAAUGCACCGAGAGGGAUCACAAACGCCAUGAAAUCGUCACCAUGGAGAAGGAGAGCAAGAAGAUCAGGACUGAUUUGAGGCAGGCGAAGGUCGACAUUCAAGAGAUGAUCAAUGCCAGACUGAGAAAAACGGAGCAGAUAAAAAAUUCAGAGCAUCUAAGCAAAAAGGUCACAGAGAGAGAGAUACAGCACAGCGUUCAGGUCUGCACCAUGCUGAUCAGUGCCAUUGAGAGACAACAGGUGUGGCUGGUCGAGGAGCUCCAGGUGAGGCAGGAGGCUGAGGACAGGAGAGCCGAGGAGCUGCUCGACGAGCUGGAUCAGGAAAUCAAUGAGCUGCAGAUGAGGAGCAGCGAGCUGCAGCACCUGGAGCUCACUCAGAACCCUCUUCACCUCCUACAGAGUUUCCCAUCUCUGAGAAAAUUCCCAUCCAUGAAAGAGUGGUCCAAGGUUGCGGUCCACUCGGAUAACUGCAUGGGGACUGUGAGGAAAGCCGUCUCUAAGCUUGCAGACGUCUGCCAGGAACUUGCGCACAAAUUGUGUGCAGAAGAAGCAGACAAGAUGAAUCAAUAUGCAGCUGACAUCACUCUGGAUCCCGAGACGGCUUCAGGCUGGCUGGUCUUGUCUCCAGACAGAAAGAAGGUGAGCCUCAGCAGCCAAAACAAGAGGGCCUCACUCCCCAGCAAUCCUAAGCAGUUCGACUCCUGCAUCUGCAUUUUGGGGAAACAAAGCUUCACAUCUGGAAGACACUACUGGGUGGUUCAGGUGGCAGAUAAAACAGACUGGGAUCUUGGCGUGGCCAGGGAGUCCAUCAACAGGAAGGGGGCCAUCACCGUGCGUCCUGACAGCGGUUACUGGGCCAUCUGCCAGCGGAAAGGUGGCAGCCUCAACGCCUGCGUCAGCCCCUCCGUCACCCUCCACCUGCAGAAAACCCCUCAGAAAGUCGGUGUGUUUCUGGACUAUGAAGCAGGGUCAGUGUCCUUCUACGACGCAGAAGCAAAGACUCACAUCUACACCUACAGCGGGUGCACCUUCACCGAGCCUCUCUACCCGUACUUUAACCCCUGUCUUCAUGACAACGGGAAGAACACGGCCCCGCUGAUAAUCUGUCCUGUCGAGGGAAGGGUCAGGGAGGGACAGGAAAUUACCCUCGAGUCAGAUGUCUGAAGUGACAUGAGAACAGAUUAUGUAAAUAUAUAAUUUAAUCCUUUUUUGUUUGUACUGUAACAGUUGAGGACCAACACUGGCCAUCAACAGACUGAGAUUCAUCAGUUAUUUCUCGGCAUGAAUCGUUUUACCACAUUUUCGCAGCUAAUUCAAAUGAAUCUUUGCGAAUACCUGAGUCAUGCGUAUGUAAAUGUACUGUACAUAAAAUGCUUUAAGUUUUGCUGAAGGCACUGCAAAACUAAUAGUCGAAAAGUAUAACUUGAGAUUAAAAAAAAUGUGCAGCUGAAAUAAAGCUGAAAUUUAGAUUUUGAAAUAAAAACUGUGAAAUAGUGUCA